AUGGAAUCCUCCUUCACCUUCAGCGAGAGUGAGUCCGUGGAAGUGCCGCAGAAGCCCGCCUCUGGCCUCCGGGAGCUACGCGGGCUGAGGGCCAGUUCCAAUGACUCGGCAGGAAGAGGCUCUCAGGAUCUGGAUCUAGGCCUGCUGCUGAUGCGCCAGCACCGCGAGGUGAUGCAAACCUUGGACUCCCAAGACCGAGCGCUGCAGGCGUUGCUGAAAUACAACGCGAGGGGCGCAUUCAGCCCGAACUCUGCGCUGUCCCUCCGGACCCCACCCGCCGAGAAGGAGAUUUCCAAGGUAGCGACCAUUCAGCCGAAAAUCCUCCCAGAGGCGGCUCCGGAACCUACCCGCACCUCCUUCACUCCGAAGUUCUUCAAGACGUAUUCGCAGGAGGAGUCCCGGCUGCGGGAAGUGGCCAAGAAGCGGCCGCACACGCAGGCGUUUCCAGGGGCCUGA